CCUUCGUCCUUGAGGACCGUAGCAGUCGAGUUCCCUUGAGCUUGGAGCGCGUCCGGACAGCUUUUGGAUCCACAAGGUAAUCCACAUCAUUGGCAUGGCUGAGGUAGCCGCCACCGCACUCGCGGCCGAGGAAGCCGUCACUUGGAGCGCGCAAGCGGGCAUUGCCGCCUAUAUGGUAGCUCAGCCAACAAUGCCUCUAAAGGCGACCUUCGCGCAGAUUGCUACAUCUUCCAACGACAGCACAGGUCUCUCUUUGACCCGUUCUGAACACAGCGUGAGCGUCGUGGGCAACAAAGCCUACGUAUUCGGUGGCGAAACAGCAAGUGGGAAGCUAGCAUCAGCUGAUAUCCAUGCUGUUACGCUAGCUUCUAGAGACAAGCCCGAGCCCGAUUACUCUGUCGUACCGGCAAUAUCUGACACGGAGGGCGGCGCCGUGCCUCGUGCCAGGAAGCGUCAUGCGGCGUGCUCGUUCAAUGUCUGUGUUGCGGUCUUCGGUGGUUUGGACGAGUCCGAAAAUAUCAUAGACGAUGGCACGCUCUGGCUGUUCAACACUGCCAAAUCGACCUGGGAAGCACUGAAGCCCAGUAACCCAGCUGAGGCGCCUCAAGCGAGAAGUGGAGCUUGCCUCUUCUCAGUGCUGAAUAACCUUGUGUUAUAUGGCGGUACUGGAUCCCGAGGUGAAGCUUUGAAGGAUGUUUGGCAUUUCGAUUACACGCAAAUGCUCUGGACUCGGUUGCCCGACGCACCGGUGUCCACGACGAGCGCCGCUCUAACGAACGGUAUUCUGCAUAUCGUUUCCAGCACGAGCAACGUCAGCAGCAACUUAUAUCUUCUACCAUUGAGCGGCACUCAAGAGAAGCUGACUUGGCACACCGUACCAUUUCCAACGAACCCGCUCACGCCCGGCCCACGCCCACGCACCGGCGCCGGCCUUCUCCCCAUACACACAGGAUACGGCAGGACUUUCCUGUUGUACUUCUUUGGCGCUAGGCAGAUAGUGAAUGGGGAGCCGUCUGAUGCAUCUGCGCCAUCACCACCAACAGAUGUGGCAGACUCGCAGCCUCAGUACUGGAGCGACAUCUGGACAUAUCAGCUUCCAUCCGUGUCAGCGGAGCCCAAAACCACCGCCGGCAGCAUCGUUGAAGCCGUCAGGCCUGCCAAUAUCAAAGACAAGAUACGCAAUGCUCUUGGCUUAGACUCGGGCGGUCACAGCUGGGCCGAGGUCGAGGUCGCGCCACCCACUGAUAUGGAUGCAUUAUCUGGCAAAGUUCACCCGGGACCUCGCGGCUUCUUCGCCUGCGAUGUCAUGGAGGACGGUAAGAGCGUCUUCAUGUGGGGCGGCGUGAAUGCGAAGGGUGAGAGGGAGGGAGAUGGAUGGAUUGUCCAGCUAGCAUAA